GAGUCGUAAGUUGCGAUACAACAGAGUCCACUUGAAACAAGAAUCCAGUCCACUUUUGUGCCAUCAUCGCUUGGAGCAAAGUAGUGGUUGAACAGUUUAAGUUUGUUGAAUGAAGGGGAAUUGAGACUGGAAAGCAGGCGAGACUUGUUCGUGCAGAGUCAGUUCAACUCCAAGGCUGGGAUUCAACGGAUCGUUAUUUCAUGGAAGCACAAACGACGCCCUUCUUAUCCAUCUAAUCAAGAAGUGCAGGGCAGCCACAUCCACCGUCAUCUCAGGAGAGAGAUCACAAAAUUAUAUAGACCUCAGCAGCUGAGAUUGCUUCAAUCCUGACUAGUCUCCCUUUUCAACGAGAAGAUUUGCAGGUGAAAGCAAAGAAAAAGGCACUUUUCACAUAAUCUCACUGCUCGAACUGCUUCCGACCAGCUCUGAAAAAGUACGUACAGAUUGUGAUUUCUGCUGGAGAAAUACGAUAUACAUCUACUCUCAGGAAGUGUGAAACCGAGGCAAUUUGAGACACAUAGUUAAAGAACAAGUUUCCAGUCAUCGCUAUUCUGGAAAAUGGAGUCGAAGCUAGUAUUUGCUACAACUCUGGUUCUCAUCUUCUGUGCCAAAUCUUCACUAGCCGGACCACACGGUGACCACCCGUGGUGUUAUAACACUCCAGCGUGCGAUUCUAAGACAUGGUCCGGUAUGUGCCAUACCGGAAAAGUACAGUCGCCAGUGGAUUUCAACACGGAAAACAUUUCGGAAAACCGGACCCAAGUUAGACUACGAUUCAAUCAAGCCUAUUUCGAUGUCCAAAAUCGUUUUUAUGCAAAGAACAACGGGCACACUCUUCAAGUGCAGUUGGAGCAAGACUUAAGUUCAAAAUUGGUUAUGGACGGAGAUGGGUUAAAAGGAAAUUACGUAUUUUCUCAGUUUCAUUUUCAUUGGGGUUCCACUGACGACAAAGGAUCUGAGCAUACUGUGGGUGGGAAAUCAUACCCUCUCGAGUUGCACUUGGUUCAUUACAAUGACAUGUUCAAAGGCUUAGGGGAUGCUGUAGGGUCUAAAAACCACCGAGCUCUAGCAGUGUUUGGAAUAUUUUUUAAGAUUUCGCCUAAUGAUAACUGGGCCCUAAAGCCAAUUAUUGAAGCCAUUGCUGGAUCGCAGAAUGUGCAAGAGGAAGCGUCAUUAAUUCACCGACCACUCAACAUUUCUUCUUUCUUCCCAGAUGAACUUGACUUGUUUCGCUACUACGGAUCUUUGACAACACCGUCUUGCUUUGAAAUUGUUCACUGGAAUGUGUUUAAGAAACCUGUACCCAUCUCUAAAGCCCAGCUUCAAGCUUUCCGAAGCAUAAAGGACAGUCAUGGGGACAAUUUGGUGGACAAUUUCAGGCCCACGUUACCACUUGCCGGCCGAAGAGUUACGGAGUAUGAAGUGGUUGAGUUGGAUCUGAAACCAUCGAAGACGGCUGAAGACGCCAGGAAGCCAAUGCCUGAUGCAGAUUAUGAAGAAGUCAUGAAUGUGCUGGACCCUAAGACGACGUCUUCUCAUGGGAAAAAGAGCUCCGCUGCGGCACCACGCACAAACUUCCUACUUUUGGGACUCUUAUCCGGUGUGGUACUUUUCUUCCCGAAGCUCAAGUAAUCACCGGCUGCAGAAUUCUAUUUUAAAAUUAGUGUAUAUAAUUGAUGUUACCAUUACAUUUUAAACAAAGCGUCAGUUUGCAUGCACUACCGAAAAAUCUUACUAUCACGUGACCUAACCAUGCUAUAUAGCUUUUCAGAAAUGCAUGCACAUGUUUUACUUAUUUCUAGUUUAUCAAAACCGAUGAAUUCCAGGCCUGUCAUGCAGGAAUGCAUUUAAGCGCUUUAUUGUCAAUAUAUUUAUUUGACACUGUUACCAUUUGACAAAAUAUUUUGAGAUUAUCCAUUUUAAAUUAUAUACUAUAUAGUAAUACUAGCUUCUCGAUAGGAUAAUACAUGUACGUAGUAUUUGGGAUAGUAGUGCGACAAAUGUUGAUCUACAUAAUUUAUACGCAAUCAAAAAUUGUGUUACUUUUAAAUGCCAUUAUUUUUGUCAAUGUCUAGUCAUGACUAUGUAGAUUUCCUAUGAUCCAUACGGGUCAACUAAUGUGGGGAUGAAUGAAUGUAUCAAAAGUUCGUAAUAAAUGCAUUGAUUUGUAUUUUGACGAUGAUCGCCACUUAUGGCAAACGUCUUUAGUUUGGUGUCUGCGUUGACUGAUGAUAUUAAAUUUGUUAAAGAAUAAAAAUGUGCGUAUAAAUUUAA